AUGUCUUCAAAGCGCGAUUCCUCCGGUGCAAACUUCACACCCACAAUCCACAGCGACACCUAUCCCUUCAUUGACCCCACCCAGUUCAACCUCUCCAACACCGCAGUCUUCAUAACCGGCGCUUCCAAAGGCUGCGGACGUUCCACAGCUCUUAGCUAUGCUCGAGCAGGCUGCUCACACAUUGCCCUCGGAGCCCGUUCAUCCAUGAAAGAUCUCGAGCCAGAGCUUCUAGCCGCAGCCAAAGAAGCAGGCAAGGAGCCGCCUCACAUUUUGCUGCUCGAACUGGAUGUCACCUCCGAAAGCAAUGUCGCUGCAGCAGCGAAGGAAAUUUCUUCCGAAUUCGGCMGGUUGGACAUCCUUAUCAACAACGCUGGCUACGCCUCUCCAUUCGUCUCGGUCAUGGAGGAGAACGUGGAUAGUUGGUGGCGAACCUGGGAAGUCAACAUAAAAGGCCCCUUUCUCCUAACCCAAUCGUUCAUCCCUCUCCUUCUCUCCACCGCUUCCGGUCUCAAAACUAUAAUCAACGUCUCCUCCAUAGGCGCACAUUAUUCCGGCCCCGGGUCCGCAUACAAACUAUCGAAACUUGCACUCUUGAGAUUCGGAGAGAUGAUCGCGGCGGAACAUGAAAGGGAAGGUGUGGUGUGCUUUGGAAUUCAUCCUGGAGCUGUGCCUACUGAAUUGGCUUCCAAUCUGCCGGAAAACAUGCGGCAUAAGUUGCAGGAUUCGCCAGAAUUGACGGGGAAUAGUUUGGUGUGGUUGAGUAAGGAGAAGAGAGCGUGGUUGAAUGGGAGGUAUGUGAGUUGUACAUGGGAUAUGGAGGAGUUGGAGAAGAUGAGGGCAGAGAUUGAAGAUGGUAAUUUGUUGAAGGUGAGGAUGGAUGUUGAAUGA